UCAUUAAUUCUACUGCAUGUAUCUACUACCUACUUACUAGUUGUUGUUUGGAGGGUGAGAAAUUAUAAGCAGCAGAUCGUAGAGAGGGAAAAAUGGGAGACCAAAGCUCAAGUGGGAUGCUUUGCCUCAUGGUCAAUAAGUUAAAACCAUACUUGAUUAUGGUCUCCCUGCAGUUUGGAUAUGCAGGCAUGUAUAUCGUCACCAUGCUCUCUUUGAAGCGCGGUAUGAACCAUUUUGUACUUGUGGUGUAUCGCCAUGCAGUUGCCACGCUUUUUAUCGCUCCCUUUGCUCUUGUCCUCGAAAGGAAAACAAGGCCAAAGUUGACUCUCUCAGUCUUCCUGAAAGUAAUGGCACUUGCUUUAAUAGAGCCAGUGAUUGACCAAAACUUGUACUACUUGGGCAUGAAGUACACAUCCGCAACAUUUGCAUCAGCAGUUGUGAACGUCCUCCCUGCCCUCACCUUUAUAAUGGCAAUUAUUUUCAGGUUGGAGAAAGUUAACUUGAAGAAGAUAUACGGGCUAGCAAAGGUGAUUGGAACUGUAAUUACAGUAACAGGAGCUAUGGUGAUGACACUGUACAAAGGCCCCAUUGUUGAUAUCAUAUGGUACUCUCAUGCUACAAACCACCACAAGGCCACCUCAGCUUCUACUGGUCAGCAUUGGGUCACCGGCACCAUCAUGCUUCUGGCUUGUACUGCUGGCUGGUCUGGUUUCUUCAUAUUGCAGUCCAUUACACUGAAGCAAUAUCCAGCAGAGCUGUCCCUGACAGCUCUAAUAUGCUUGAUGGGCACGGUGGAAGGAGCAGCUGUGGCACUUGCCAUGGAACGAGACAUGUCCGCCUGGGUCAUCGGCCUCGACUCCAGACUUCUUGCUGCAGUUUAUUCCGGGGUGGUUUGCUCUGGAAUCGCAUACUAUGUCCAAGGUCUUGUAAACAGGGUUCGAGGUCCAGUGUUCGUGACGGCUUUCAACCCUCUCUGCAUGAUCAUCACUGCCGUUCUUGGCGCCAUCGUCUUAGCCGAAAAAGUCCACUUAGGAAGCUUGAUUGGAGCCAUAAUCAUAGUUUCCGGUCUAUACUUUGUGGUGUGGGGCAAAAGCAAAGAUCCGUUGGUCUCACAAACAUCGACGUGCGAUGAUGAGAAAGCCAGAGACAAAUUAGGCGCCUAUGAACUGCCCGUAGUUGUUGAUAGCAGCAAAUCAACCCCUAGCAUUGAUGAUACUGCUUGUAAUGCUUGUGGAGCUGCCGGCAAGUCCACGAUCAAUCCCGGGAAAGUAAUCUUCUCCUCCAUACCCGUACCCAUACCCAAUAAUAAAUGACACUCCGAGCUGCUUAAUCUCAAGCAAUCCUUUCCCCUCCACUUUGGGAUUAUCCAUGUCAACAGUAUUACAAUAUAUAUAUCUAUGUGUACUGUAGCUCUUAAUUUCCAUAUACGUACUUUGACAACAGGCGGAGCUUAAUUAUUAUGAAGAAUUACUACUUUUUGUCCGUGCAUGAAUGACAUGGCCUUUCUUAAUCAGC